GUCCGGUGGAGGGUUAGAUGAAAGCAUAGAGGGGGAGAAAGAACCUGCAAGUAAGUUAGUAAUUGGUUACUAGUAUAAAUACAGAUACCUGAAGAGUGCAUUUUUUACAUUUACUUUUUAAGUCUAGAAGCUGUCUUUAGAUCAAAUUUGGAUGCAAUCCUGUAUUUCUCUGCUUGCAGCCUACUAACUAGAAGUGAAUCUACUCCUCUGUGCUGCUUUUGAGUCUCACCUCAUCAGCUGCAGUCUGUGAGGGCAUCUCUUCAGCAGGAGCUUAUAUUCCCACUGUGGUUAAGACUGGAGCGUCUCUGACUUUUCACCAUGAGGAGCUUGUAUGUAUCUGUAGUUCUGCUGCAGCUCAUUGGGACUUCUUUAUGCCAAUUCCCUCGCCCAUGUGCCAACUCAGAGGGGCUACGGACCAAAGAGUGCUGCCCAGUGUGGGACGGUGACCGCUCAGCCUGCGGCGCCCUGUCAGGUCGUGGUUUUUGCACUGAGGUGGAGGUCUCAGAGGAACCCCACGGGCCCCAGUACCCACACAGUGGGAUCGAUGACAGAGAGCGCUGGCCUUUGGCUUUCUUCAACCGGACGUGUCGCUGUGCUGGGAACUAUGGUGGUGUUAACUGUGGUGAGUGCAGGUUUGGUUACUGGGGGUCAAACUGUGCUGAAUUCAGGGAGUCGGUGCGCAGGAACGUCCUGACCUUGUCACCUGCUGAGCAACAGAAAUUCAUCUCUUAUCUGAACCUGGCGAAGAACACCGUCAGCCGUGACUAUGUGAUCUCCACGGCAACAAGAGCAGAGAUGGGUGAAAACGGUGAGAACCCCAUGUUCUCCGACAUCAACACCUACGACCUGUUUGUCUGGAUUCACUACUACGUGUCCCGGGACGCCUUCCUGGGAGGGCCAGGGAACGUAUGGAGGGACAUCGACUUUGCCCAUGAAUCUGCAGCCUUUCUGCCGUGGCACCGAGUCUACCUGCUUCACUGGGAGAAUGAGAUAAGGAAGCUGACAGGAGAUUUUAACUUCACCAUCCCAUACUGGGACUGGAGGGAUGCCCAGUCCUGUGAAGUGUGCACCGAUGCUCUGAUGGGUGGACGCAACCCCCUCAAUCCUAACCUCAUCAGCCCUGGUUCAGUCUUCUCCUCGUGGAAGGUGAUCUGCACCCAGCCAGAGGAGUACAACAACCGGGAGGCGUUGUGCAACGCCACCGGCGAGGGCCCGCUGUUGCGCAACCCCGGCAACCAUGACAACAACCGCGUGCAGAGGCUCCCCACAACAGCUGAUGUGGACUUCACUGUGGGCCUCUCCCAGUACGAGACGGGAGCCAUGGACCGAUUCUCCAAUAUGAGCUUUAGAAACGUCAUAGAGGGUUUUGCCAGUCCAGCGUCAGGCAUGGCGGUGCCGGGCCAGAGCACCAUGCACAACGCCUUGCAUGUCUUCAUGAACGGCACCAUGUCCUCAGUGCAGGGUUCAGCCAACGACCCCAUAUUCCUGCUGCACCAUGCUUUCAUCGACAGCAUCUUUGAGCGCUGGCUCAGAGCCCACCAACCUCUCCGGACCAACUACCCUCGUGCCAAUGCCCCCAUCGGCCACAACGACGGUUACUACAUGGUGCCCUUCCUGCCUCUCUACAGAAACGGAGACUACUUCCUGUCUGACAAAGCUCUGGGAUUUGAGUACGCCUACCUGUUGGACCCUGGCCAGAGGUUUGUUCAGGAGUUCCUGACGCCCUACCUCCAACAGGCCCAGCAGAUCUGGCAGUGGCUCCUGGGAGCCGGGCUCCUCGGGGCGGCGAUCGCUGCACUCCUCGCCGCGCUGCUUAUUGUUGCACGGAGGAAGUGGAAGCGUAACCAGAGGAGGAAGAGGACGCCGAGCUACGGAGAGAGACAGCCAUUACUGAACAGCAGCUCAGAGGAAGGUUCAUCUUCGUAUCAGACUACUCUGUAACACACACAGAUACUGCACAUACAGCUAAUGCACUAUUAGGGGUGCUUUCAGGAAGCAAAUGAAUGAGAUGGUACAAGAUCGAAAUUGUUAUUGAUUUCAAAUCUAUUCAAAUUUUAAAAUGGUAUAGAGCAGGUGAUUUUCAUUGUGGUGGUAACAGCAUUGGAAAAUGUCAGUAAAAUGUCUUUAAAGAAACACUGUCACAGGUUAAAAAAAAAGUUUUUUAAAACUUCUGAUAUCUAAUUUUUCCAGACAUUUUCAAAUAUUUUCUUGCACUUUUUUACGUUUUUUAGGCAACAAAAAACUAAUUUUCACCUCCAGUGUAUUUGGGUAGUGACAGAGGAUACAGUGGUAGAUAUCUCAGCAAUAAAAGUUGUAGCUACUUAUCACUAGAAGUGAAUGGGAAAUCUUUUUUGGGUGAACUGACCCUUUAAGGUUUGAGACAAUUUAAAUGGAGAAUAUGGAGAAUGGAUUCCCCUAAUAUUUUAUACAUUCAGCAGAUAUGUAAAGGAAAUAUUUAGUUUGACACACACACAAAAACAGAGCCAUUAAAUGUUCAUUAAUACAAUGCAACACAUGUCAGUGUUAAAAUGAAAAUAUAAAGAUGUACACACUACACUACAGUAUUGUCUUGUGAGUAUUUGUACUGUGACUUGUGUCAGGUGAAAGAACUCACCUUUGAGUACAUUUACUGUCUCUUUGACAGAUGUGGAUAUUCCUUCUUUGGCAACUUUUUCUUGACCUUCUUCACUGACCUGAAACACAACAUCCUGUUACAUAAUUAUAAUAAUUACAUAAUUUAUUAUUUCAUUGUUUAGUACUCUAUUUAACUGUGGUUCUGUUUACAAGACACAUACUGUAUGUACAUAUGUAAGUUUAUUCAACUAAAUUGUCUGUAGCUCAAGGAAAGGUCAUUUAAAGUCAGGUCAGGUCUGAAGUACCGUAGCUGUAG